AUGGCUUCCGAUGGUCAGGAUCAAAACCAGGCCGACUCUGCAUCGGCAAUGCAUCCAAAGUACAUGUUUGGCACCCAGGGGAAAGCGCUUAGGCGCAAUAUCUCGCUAGCAGGAGCGUUUGGCUUCCUGCUUUUCGGUUACGAUCAGGGUUUCAUCGGCGGGUUGAUUGCCCAAGAGGACUUUCUCCGGCAGUUUAGCUACCCAUCGUCCAGCCUUCUCGGCACCAUAACUGCCAUCUACGAAAUCGGUUGCUUCUGCGGCGCCAUGACCGUUUUCUUCGUGGGAAGUCGCCUUGGACGCAAGAAAUGUAUCUAUGUCGGAGCAUUUUUGCAGUUAAUCGGUGCGAUUCUACAGUCUGCAGCAUUCGGCGUACCGCAAAUGAUUGUUGGACGCAUAGUAUGCGGCUGGGGGAACGGAUUUAAUACGGCAACCACUCCACUAUGGGUCUCCGAACUGGUACCGGCAAAAUCACGCGGACGACAUGUUGCCAUCGAGGGGAAUCUAAUCGCUUUUGGCAUCGUGGUCGCUUACUACUUAAACAUCGGUAUGUCUUAUACCAGUGGACCUGUGCGAUGGCGGUUUGUGAUUGCCUUCCAAAUCAUCAUUAUCUUCUUCCAGGUACUAUGGACGUAUAUGCUCCCUGAGUCUCCCAGGUGGUUGAGUGCCUGUUCUCGACAUUCCGAGGCGACGCAUGUUCUGGCUCAAAUCACUGGCAAGAACCUGCGUCUCACAGACCCAGUGGUAGUGUCAACAAAGAAGGAAAUAGAUGAUGCCAUAGCGCUAGAACGAGCUGACGGCGAAUGGAGACUCUCUGAGUGUUUCAGAGAUGGUCCGCUCAAGAUACGUCAUCGUUUCUUGCUUGCAAUUGGUGCACAAGCAAUGCAGCAACUCAGCGGCAUUAACGUAUUAGUAUUUUACGCCCCUCACACCUUGACUACAGACAUUGGCAUGGACUAUGAUACGUCACUACAGGUUGGAGCCGGCCUUGGUGUCACUUAUUGGGUAUUUUCCUUCAUUGGCAUAUACUGCCUUGAUAAGACUGGUCGCCGACCGCCUCUUAUUUGGGGUGCAUUGGGCUGCGCAGUUUGCUUCCUUUGCGCUGGGCUACUUCAGAAGGAUAUCACUCCGACCAAAGCAAAGGCAUCUCUCGCUUUUUUCUUCUUAUACGAGGCUAUAUUUGCCAUUGGAUGGCUCCCUGUUCCAUGGCUCUAUGCACCUGAAAUUAUGCCUCUCCGCCAUCGUACUCAUUCAGCCGCAAUUGCGGCUGCCAGUGACUGGAUCUUCAACUACCUCGUGGUCCAAAUCACGCCUAUCUCAAUUUCGAACAUCCGCUGGAAGACCUACAUAAUCUUCUUUGUCCUCAACAUCGCCUUCGCUAUUAUUGUCUGGCUGUUCUACCCGGAAACAAGCGGCCGGAGUCUGGAAGAAAUAGAUGCUUUAUACCUAGGGGACAACAAUCGCCGUAUCGUUAUCGACAAACGAGGGAGACUUCUCCUUGGGUUUUCGCGUCGCCUCAUCUCCAACUCUGACAGUGCCGUGACAGAAAUAAACAAGACUUCAGAAUACGAUACCGAAAGUAGCAACAGCAAGGCCUUGGACUUCGCGAUUCAUGAAGAAAUAUCCGAUAAAUGA